GCGAAUAUCGGGCAUUAAUUUCAUUCAGGGACUGAAGUGCUUUCGAAAUGAUAAUGAAACCGCACAAAUGGUGACUCGCCGGCUGCGGCCCGUUUAAAAUGUGAACGGGACGUCCGGGCCAGCAGCAGCACCGAGUCGAUACGUUUUCUAAUUUAACUGCCCUUGCUGCUCUGUCACAUAUUACGCAAGGUGACUGUCGCUCACAAAAGAGGAACUGAUGAGCCCUCUCGAAAUAACCGCGAAGAUCAUUGAUGCCAUUUAUCGUAUCGUGGAUCGAGUUAAAAAGUGAUACUUGUUAGCUUCUGACAUUUUUCUUGCACGUAAAGUGGAAUAACGUAAGCCGCGUUUUUCGGGUCGCUCGCCGGAUUAAAGCCGGCAGCUCUCGCCGGACGUGACCUGGCAAAUUGAUAGUCUUGACGCGAGACAAACAUAUCUUGACGCUUCAAAAACUGGAUGGAAAAGAAAAAAAAAAAAAAAAAAGUCAUCUAACAUCCAUAUUGUUCAGUCGCAGAAGUGGAAUUUUGAUUGAUAUUUGCCAGCCGAACGGGGAGUUUCUUGAGCAAGAACAAGACUUUCAUGCCUCAUUUUAGAUAGUUGGCAAUUUUUUUUUUUUUGGUAAUCAUUAAAAUUCCGCAGGGUUGUUUUACAAAACUGUUCUCUGUGGCGACAUCUAUGUCCUUAUUUUAAGAUAACCUAGCUCAUUGAAAAGUACCUUAGAUGAAAGAUAUUUUUGGGUGGUGGUGGGGGAACAAGUCAAAAGCUCUAAUAAGUCAAUAACUGCCUGGUAUGAGGGAGUUAGUAUUUUUUUUUUUUUUUUUUUAACAGUGUAGUCCUUGGUUGUUAAGUUGAAUCUGGUCCUGAUAAGUUGAGCACUUGGAGCUGCCUCUUAAAGUUCUCUCGUCGCUCGAGCUGGCGGUGCAUUAUUUAAAUAGAAGCUCACUCCGCUGACGAGGCCCCGAGCAGAGGAGCGACCCACCCUCGCCCGAGACCUCGCCGAGCUCCCCCCGUCCCCUCAGGACCAGCGUCUUCCUGACGCGAUCAUUCAAAACUGUUUCUCCAACGCCUGCAACAGAAACUGAGACUGUUUUCCAAAGCAGAGGCGGCUCAGCCCUCCCAAGCGGAAGCGAUGGGGAGCGUGCGAAGCCACCGCUACAGCAUCGUGUCCUCCGAGGAGGACGGCAUGAAGCUGGCCAACGUGGCCGUGCCCAACGGCUACGGCAACGGCGACGCCAACAAGGUGGAGCACCGGCGCCAGAGUCGCUUCGUGCGCAAGGACGGCCACUGCAACGUGCAGUUUAUCAACAUGAGCGAGAAGGGCCAGCGCUACCUGGCGGAUAUCUUCACCACCUGCGUGGACAUCCGCUGGCGUUGGAUGCUGCUCAUCUUCUGCCUUUCCUUCCUGCUCUCGUGGUUGUUCUUCGGUCUGGUCUUCUGGCUGGUGGCGCUCUCCAACGGCGACCUGGAGGCCGAGACGCAGGUGUGCGUCUCCAACGUGGACAGCUUCACGGCCGCCUUCUUGUUCUCCGUGGAGACCCAGACCACCAUCGGCUACGGAUACCGCUACGUGACGGAAGACUGCCCUGUCGCCGUCUUCAUGGUUGUCUUCCAGAGCAUCGUGGGAUGCAUCAUCGACGCGUUCAUCAUCGGCGCGGUCAUGGCCAAGAUGGCCAAGCCCAAAAAACGGAACGAGACCUUGGUGUUCAGCUACUACGCCACGGUAGCCGUGAGGGACGGCAAACUGUGCCUUAUGUGGCGCGUGGGGAACCUGAGAAAGAGCCACCUGGUGGAGGCCCACGUCAGGGCGCAGCUCCUCAAGUCCCGGACGACCGCAGAGGGCGAGUUCAUCCCUCUGGACCAGGUGGAUAUCGACGUCGGCUUCGACAGCGGCAUUGACAGAAUCUUCCUGGUGUCUCCCAUCACCAUCGUCCACGAGAUUGACGAGGACAGCCCCUUCUACGAGAUGAACAAGCAGGAGCUGGAGACGUCGGAGUUUGAGAUCGUGGUGAUCCUGGAGGGCAUGGUGGAGGCCACGGCCAUGACCACGCAGUGCCGCAGCUCCUACGUCGCCAGCGAGAUCCUGUGGGGCCACCGCUUCGAGCCGGUGCUUUUUGAAGACAAGAACUACUACAAGGUGGACUACUCGCGCUUCGACAACACGUACGAGGUCUCCGGCACGCCGCACUGCAGCGCCAGAGAGUUAGCCGAGAAAACGUCCAACGCCUCCAGCCCAAGAAACUCCUUUUGUUACGAGAACGAGGUGGCUCUGGAAAAGAUUGAGAUGGAGGAGGAACUGGAGGAAGCCGAAGCGAACGGCGCGACGACGAACGCGGAGGAUCGUCCGCUCGAAGACAGCAACUCGGACGCGGUCUCGGACUUUGAACAAAAUCGGGACUCUUUGCAUUUAGAAUCGAGAUCUUUGACAGCCGAGUCGGAACUAUAAAACUGCACUUUGUAAUGUAAUCAGCUGCUUCCUGUGGAUAAAGGAUUGUCGAAAAGGUUUCACCGCAGCCUUUGCGGCCUUUCACACGCGAAGCAUCACGGGAAUGCACACUUAAGUCUAUAUUGUAGUGCGAGAGCCCAAAAACCCAGGGAAGCAUUUUUUUAAGGAGCCUUCUUCUGAUCAGGGACCAUUUAA